ACUGAGGUUGGUGAUGGGUUGAGUCUGAGAUAUAAGAAGUCGGCGUCCCGCCAAGACUGAUCUCUGAAUAGCAAUCAACGACAUCCGUACAUCAUCACCACUCGCUUCUCCCACGCAACAUCCAAACCUCACUCAAGAAGAUCCUCAAGCGUUUCCAUCAGUCAUCACCAAACUCACAACAAGAUGUCCGACCAAACAAUCCCAAACACCUCACCACAAGCAACCCCUCUCCCCCCAGCCCGCCUCAUAACAACAGGCCACACCAAGGACGGCACCUCUGUCUUCACCUCCGACGCCGUCCUCCCGCCAUUCCACCCCUUCGGCCCCCAAGCAAGCAGCUUCACCUCCUUCCACACAACCCCAUUCCUCCCAGCCUCCAACGCACCCAACGCCCCUCCGCAAACCCUAUCAACAUCUCUCCCACGCGCGCCAGCGGCGGGUACGUACUUUUGUCUCACGGAUUUCCCGCCGCGGUAUAAGGCGCCUAUGCACCGGACUCUCAGCGUCGACUACGCGUGUGUGCUGGCUGGGGAGAUUGUGCUAAGGCUGGAUGGUGGGGAGGAGAAGGUUGUGGGGGCGGGGGAGGUUAUUGUUCAGGGAGGGGUGAAUCAUGAGUGGGUCAAUGCUUCGGAUGGGUUUACGAGGGUUUUGUUUGUCAUGGUUGGGGCUGAGGCUGUGGUUCUUGAUGAUGGGCGAAGAUUGGAGGAGACGGUCUUCAAGAAAAAGGGGUAGAUAUCAGGGGCUAUAGUGACGGCGCUUCAAAGGUACAUUCUUAAUCCAUUGAUCGUUGCCGUUUCUCA